UUUUUUUUUCAGGAACACAGAUUCAACAUCAGAGCAUAGGCACAAUGUCCAGCUUUAUCCUGACCCUCUCCUGCCCAGACCGCCCCGGCAUCGUCCACGCGGUCACGGCCUUCCUGGUCCAGCAGAACCUUAACAUCAUUGACUCAUCGCAGUUCGGCGAUCCCACGUCGAAGCGCUUCUUCAUGCGCGUGCACUUCAAGGCCGAAUCCUCUCCCUCGGAGGCUGCACCCACUGUCGAGACUCUUCGCGAUGCCUUCAAUCCCACCGCCAAGGGCCUGAGCAUGGACUUCCAGCUCGUCCCCGCGACCCAGAAACCCCGCGUGCUCAUCAUGGUCUCCAAGAUCGGCCACUGUCUCAACGACCUCCUCUUCCGCCAGUCAACCGGCCAGCUGGCCAUCGAAAUCCCCGUCAUCGUCUCCAACCACCCCGACUUUGAGACCCUGGCGCGUACCUACAACGUCCCCUUCGUGCACCUCCCCGUCACGGCAGACACCAAGGCCCAGCAGGAAGGACAGAUCCUGGAGCUGGUGCGCCAGCACAACGUCGACCUGAUCGUGCUGGCUCGGUACAUGCAGGUGCUGUCGCCGACGCUGUGCGAGGCUAUGUCCGGACGCAUCAUCAACAUCCACCAUAGCUUCUUGCCCAGCUUCAAGGGCGCCAAGCCCUACCACCAGGCUUAUGACCGCGGCGUGAAGAUCAUCGGCGCGACGGCGCACUUCGUGACGAGCGACUUGGACGAGGGCCCAAUCAUCGAGCAGAAUGUCGUGCGGGUGAACCAUGCGAUGAGCCCGAAGGAGUUGACUCACGCGGGCAGCAACGUCGAGAGCAAUGUGUUGGCCACUGCGGUCAAGUAUGUGACUGAGCGGCGGGUUCUGCUGAACGGACACAAGACGGUCGUGUUUGGUUAAGUGGGCUUAUAUGUAUAUCAUGUGGUGGAUCUUGCGUGUAUAUUUUGCCAUGGUGGGUUUUUGCUUUGGCGACAAAAGUAAUAGACUGGUCUCUGGAUGAUCGAUGUGGCCAAUUCAAUGUAUACAGAAUGAGAGCCUCAAUAUUUGGCUAUUUACUAAUAAUGCCUCGAGCUCUAAAGCAUC